GUGUUAAAAACUGUGUUAUUUCUAUCGCUAUCGCUAUUCCUUCCAUUGUGCAAGGGACUUGAUAGAACUUGUUCGCGAUUUGCGGUUUUGACUUUUGACCAUUCGCAGAUCGAUCAAUCGCAGAUCGACGUAAUCUCAAGUUCAGCAAAUAUUGGUUCGAUUCGGGUUUGAAGCUGAUCGACCAAUUAAAAAGCUCGAUCUGCGAUAAGUCGAGAGCAGUGGCGCAUUCCUAUCUACAUAUGUGUUUCCACUCUCUUGAGACGCGCAUCGCGUGAAUUAUAUGCGGAUUCGACUCGAGAUGUAAAUCGUGGAUUCUGUAAGUAAGAGAUAAAAUUUAUUUAUUUCAAAAAAAACGGCGACGAAACGAAUAAAUUCAACCGGUUGCGGAUACAAAUGAAUAUCCGCAAGGACACUACUGAAAUUCUAUUCUGCGAUCUGAUUCUUGACUUCAGUUUUUUUAUCAAUUCCCAACGCAAUUUGCUUAAGUAAUCUGUUUACGCUCGUUGAGAUCUUAAUAAACAAAAAAAGUCUCAUUAAAUGAUGACAUAUCGUAUAAUGAGCGUUUUAACGAUUUCGCGCAAAAAAGGAGCGAGCAGGAGCGGAAGAUCAUUUCUUCCCCGCCAUUGCGAUACACACCGCUGCACCCGUGGUUGCAUCGUUCGGCGCAUCAUUAGUUGAAAACAUCAUCUGAUUCGCGUCGGUAGUCGAUGGCACACCUGUGUCCAAGAUGGCGUCGCUCAUUGACAACUACGAACAGCAGUACGCCGUUUUGACAGCUGACAUCACCGCAAAAAUCGGUCGGAUAAGAGUCCAGAGCGGCAGUGAGAAAAGGGCUUUCGUUCAAGAUGUGGACCGGCAAAUUGAGGAAGCUCAAGAACUGUUGGAGCAAAUGGAGCUGGAGGUUCGUGGGAUGAACGGAACAGCGCGCGAUCGUCUGCGCGGUCGCGUCGAGAGUCACAGAGCGGAAUUGAAACGUUUAACGCAAGAAUUUCAAACGGCGAAGAAACCGAAGGAGGAUAUUACCGAGAUCGCGAUGGACGAGUCUUGGGAGAACAAUGUAACAGAAGACCAAAGAAAAAGACUGCUGGACGCGUCCGAGAGAAUAGAACGGACGGGGCGAACGUUACAGAACGGUUACCGUAUGGCGUUGGAAACCGAGGAAAUCGGUUCUCAAGUGAUGAAGGAGCUUCACGAGCAGCGAGAAACGAUACAGCGAAGCAGAGGAAGGUUACGGGAAACGGAUGCGGAACUAGGACGUGGAUCUCGGUUGUUAUCGGGAAUGAUCUUCCGUAGCCUUCAACAGAGGAUUAUCUUAGCAGCGGUAGCGUUAGUGCUCAUACUCGUCGCGUGCAUUGUGAUAUACUACAGUUUUAAGUCUAAGAGUUAAAGAAACAGAAGUUCUCUCUUCGGCCAGAUCCACCAGGUAUAGUUUAUGGAAGCCAUAUAUUUAUUAUAUCAGAGACUUCAAAAUAUCAUUUCUAUCAAAUUGCGAGGUUUCGUUAAGUAAUUGCGUAAUCGUAUCUAUCUAACUUUCGAACUUGUUUGUUCACAUUUUGCCUUAAGACACGAAUGUUCACACUCAUAUUUCUUGUUCUCUCUUGUUGUUCUAAUUAAAUAUCUCGAAUGAUCUUGA